CUGAGAAACGCUAUUUAAUGCGUAGUCCAAGUCCGUAACAAUCAAUUCACUCUUUGCUCCGCGAAGCAGGCUAGCUGACUUAUUUGAAGCAAGAAGAUGAAGUCUGUUGUGACCAUGUUGUUACUGGUUAGCUUGGGUUCAACUGCUGCAGAAACUAAAGGAUUUAUCUUUGAAAACGGCGAGUAUUCUUACAAGAUCGUGCUCUCCAGCGAUGACAGCCGAACGUGGUACGAAGCCGAGGAGAUCUGCCGAGAGCACGAAGGUGGGCAUUUGGCGAGUAUUGCCGACGAAGACGAAAACAAGUAUUUGAACGACAAGAUUCAGCUCGUUAGCAGCUCGCCAAGCAAACCAGAACACCUUUGGCUCGGGGCAAAAGACGACCAAUAUUUCGGACGUGUUUACCAAUGGGCGGAUGGGAAAACGUUUCGGUACAACUCUGCAUUCUGGGCACCUGGUGAAUCCCGCACAGACCAUUAUGAUGAAUAUGAAAUCUGUAUUGCACUUAAGUCCACUGGGGACCUCGCUGAUUGGACUGAAGCAGACUGUUAUGAACCAAAAGGUUACAUCUGUAAAAUUGAAGGUGUCCCAAGGAGACUGGUGGAGCCCAAGAGAUUUGGCUAUGAGUUUGACCGUGGCACCUUCAUAUACAAGUUCUUUUUCCUGAGUUACGAGAUGCUCACCUGGCCGGAAGCCGAAAUCUACUGUCGUGAUGCAGAGGGCGGUCACCUGGCCAGCGUGCGAGACUUACGAGAGAACAAAUACAUAGAAUCGAAGCUGCGAAUGCUCAGAUAUUACUUUGGAUAUCCCAAAUGGUGGAUAGGAGCUUCGGACCUCUAUACUGAAGGAAACUUCAGUUGGACCGAUGGCAAACCCUUCACAUAUCAGCGCUGGGUUCAGGGGGAGCCCUCAGGCCAUCACAGGGGCAACAAGGAGGACUGUGCUGUUAUAACCGCUGACCCGCACUGGGGGCGAUGGAAGGAUGAUUAUUGUUUACACCAUCUCCCUUUCAUUUGCAAAAUCAGAGUUUGCAACCAGCGAGCCGAUAUUGGUUUCGCCAUUGACGCAUCUACAAGCGUCAGAGGAAGUGGCUUUAGAAAAUCCAAGGAUUUCAUCAAAUUCGUUCUGCAGCGGUUCAAAAUCUCUGAGCUUGGCAUUCAUGUGGGUUUGAUCCGCUUCUCCACUACUGCCAGAGUGAUAUUCAAUUUCGAAGAAUACUACACGAACGGGGACAUAAAUGCAGCCGUUGACAGCAUGAGGUACGUCAAAGGAGGCACAUACACCGACCGGGCCCUGAGACUGGCGAGGACCAAAUUAUUUCUCGAGAAACCACUGGGCAGUUCCCGUCCCUUAAUUCCCAAAUUCUUGGUUGUGAUGACAGAUGGCAUUUCAAAGAAUACUAGAAUUACAGCUAUGGAAGCUAAGGUGCUAAAGGAAAGAGGCGUUCAUAUUAUAGUAGUGGGUGUUGGUCGCAAUCUGGCGAGAAAGGAGUUGAUAAAUAUUGCGUCAUCUCCCCAAGACGUCAUCACUGCCACUUCGUUCAGAGCUCUGAAGAAAAUCGUGGUUGUAGCGAAGGAAAAAGUUUGUGGAGGAUUGUGAUAAACAGCA